AUUAAUCAUUGACUGAAAUUGUUUCGUGCAAUUUGUUUAUACACUCUUUUCGAGUCAUACGUUGCAGAUAAUUAAGAACCUGUGGUAAUUGUUGUUACGUGGUAGAGAUGUAACCGAAAUUGCACGCGCAUUUCUAACAAAAACGAUGACGGCCCGAAACAGUUUUUAUACUCUAGGAGGAGAAUCCAUUACUAUCUUCGGUUGCUAGGCAACUGUCAAUAAUAGUUUUUCAGAGCACGUGAUUUUGUGCUUGGGGAGUGAAGCGAAGCCGAAACUUCCGAUUAUUAUAUUCUAAGGAAAAUGGAAAACUUUUGUGGAAGUGUAUUUUGGGAUGUUAAUGUUUCUUGGAAUACCCAGACUCCAGAUUUUACUCUGUGUUUCCAAAAUACAGUGCUUACCUGGAUUCCCUGUGUAUUCUUAUGGUUAUUCACGCCAUUAGAAUGUUAUGUGUUGUUUCGUAAACAGCGUAAACCUAUUCCAUGGACCAUACUGACUAUUUCAAAAACGAUAUUACAAGUUGCAUUACUAAUAUUAACUCUCGCAGAAAUUGUUAUUAAUGUAAAAUUUUUAACAGAACCUAUUCAAGUUUAUCCAGUACACUACUGUACACCUUUAAUAAAAUUGUUCAGUUUUAUAUUAGUUCUAAUUUUGACCACUUCAGGAAGAAAGAAUGGUCGACAGUCAUCUGAAAUGCUAUUCAUUUUUUGGUUAUUGUUAACCCUUUCACAGAUAAUAAUAUAUCGUUCAGUUUUAUUGAGAAUAUAUAAUGAGAAAUAUUCCUACGAAAUUUCAGAAUAUUCUCUUACAUUUGCUGUAAUUUAUUUAGUUCUUUAUAUUGGUGAAUUGUUUUUAUCAUGUUUUGCUGAUGUCAAACCUGAAUAUUAUAAAGUAUAUGAUGUAUCUAAGAAUAAUUGUCCUGAAAAAUAUGCUUCAUUUUUAUCUAAAGUAACAUUUUGGUGGUUUAAUGGAAUGGUUUAUCUUGGUUACAAAAAACCUUUAGAACUGGACGAUAUGUGGUCAUUAAGUUCAGAAAAUAGAACAAGAGAUGUUUCUAUGAAAUUUGAUGAAUAUUGGAUCCCACUAUUGGAAGAAAAUAUCAGGACAAAACCUAAGAAUUAUCAGAAUGAAACUGCUAUUAAGAAAAUAAGUAUUUUAUAUCCCCUGAUUAAAACUUUCUGGAUUGAAUUUCUAUUGACAGCAAUAUUAAAAUUUAUUGCAAGUGUUCUAACAUUUGUAAAUCCUUUGAUAUUAGAUAUGCUUAUUGCAUUUGUUGGAGGAAAUGAGCCUUAUUGGAGAGGUUUUGUUUAUGCUGCAAUAAUGUUUUUUUCUUCAAUGUUUGAAUCAUUUUUUAACAGCCAGUAUGAAUUUAAAGUCUAUACUGUAGCAAUGAGAAUUCGAUCCUGUGUUAUAUCUGCAAUUUAUAAAAAAUCAUUAAUAUUAUCUAGUGUUGCUAAAAGAGAUUUCACUGUUGGAGAAAUUGUUAAUCUAAUGGCAGUAGAUACACAAAGAAUGAUGGAUUAUAUUCAGUUAGUAAAUUUAUUAUGGUCCACACCAUUACAAAUAGGAAUUGCAAUUUAUUUGUUGUGGCAACAACUUGGAAUAUCAACACUUGGUGGUUUAGCUGUAAUGAUAUUAUUCAUUCCUAUCAAUGGUGUGAUAACUGCGAAGCUUAAACAAUUACAGUUACGUUUGAUGAAAGAUAAAGAUAAACGUAUAAAUCUAAUGAAUGAAAUAUUAACUGGAAUAAAAAUAUUGAAAUUGUAUGCAUGGGAAGAGUCAUUUCAAAAAAGUGUUAUGGAUAUUCGAAAUAGAGAAAUCAAAGUUCUUAAAACACAGUCAUAUUUAAAUUCUUUUAUAAUGUUUUUCUUUACCAGUGCACCAUUUCUGGUUGGUUUGGCAAGUUUUACAAUGUUUGUUUUUGUAAAUUCUGAAAAUGUUUUGGAUGCAAAUCGAGCAUUUGUUUCAUUAACAUUAUUUAAUAUUCUUCGUGUACCUUUAGCGUUUCUUCCCAUGUUAAUAACUUUUACAGCAAUGUUUAUUGUGUCUUUAAGAAGAGUCAAUCGUUUUCUUCAAUGUAAAGAAUUGGAUCGUGAUGCCAUUGGUCAUGAUGAGCAUGAAGAUAAUCCAAUUGUCAUAGAAGAUGCUGCAUUUAGUUGGGAGGAUUCUAAGCCAAUGUUAAAAGAUAUUUCUAUACAAAUCAAAUCUGGAUCACUUGUGGCCAUUGUUGGACAAGUAGGAUCUGGAAAAUCAUCUUUUCUCUCAGCACUUCUUGGAGAAAUGGAGAAACUAAAAGGUCGAGUCAAUAUUAAGGGUACCCUUGCUUAUGUGCCUCAGCAGGCAUGGAUACAAAAUACCACAUUAAGAAACAACAUUUUAUUCACAAAACACUAUAAAGAAAAUAAGUAUAACAAAAUUCUUGAAGCCUGUGCUCUUAAAUCUGAUUUAGAAAUGUUACCAGCUGGUGAUCGUACAGAAAUUGGUGAAAAGGGUAUAAAUUUAAGUGGUGGACAGAAGCAGAGAGUAAGUCUAGCUAGAGCUGUUUAUAAUGAUGCUGACAUAUAUUUACUUGAUGAUCCACUAAGUGCUGUUGAUUCUCAUGUUGGUAAACAUAUUUUCCAAGAAGUUUUUGGUCCAAAUGGAGUUUUGAAGGAAAAGACAAGAAUAUUAGUAACUCAUAGAAUUUCAGUUUUGCCGGAAGUUGAUACUAUCAUUGUAAUGAAUGAUGGAGUUAUAUCUGAAUAUGGCACUUACAAGGAACUUCUUAACAGACGAGGUGCUUUUUCCCAGUUUCUUCUUCAGUUUCUAUCUGAGUCUGUAGAAGAAGUAGAUUCAUUACCAGAUGAUGAAAUUCAACUUUUUGAAGCAUUAGCACCAACAAUAGGGGCACCACCAGAAUUGCAAAGACAAUUGUCUAGAGUGAGUGGUGCAGAAAGUGAAUUAUCAGAAUCUGGUGACAUAAGAAGGAGGCUUUCCAAACAGUUUAGUGUGUCUGAUAUAAAACAUGACUUUUCGAAAUCUGAAAAAGACAAAAUAAAUAUUAGAAAAGAAAAAAAAUCAAAAUUAACUGAUGCUGAAACUAUUGAAGUUGGAUCUGUGAAAUGGAGUGUAUAUUUUCAGUAUUUUAGAACACUUGGAUAUUGUGGUAUUUUUAUAACAGUAAUAUCAUAUGCUAUUUCAAGUUCUUUUAAUAUUGCUACAAAUGUAUGGUUAAGUUUGUGGAGCAAUGAUGCUUCAGAUCCUGAAAAAAGAUAUGAUACAAAUCUCAGAGAUUUACGACUUGGUGUGUAUGGGGGUCUUGGAGCAUCAGAAACUGUAUUUAUAUUUAUUGGUGCAUUAUCUAUGAAUCUUGCAUGUCUGCGUGCAUCUAAAAUUCUACACGAUGAAAUGCUGGUUCGUAUAUUGCAUGCGCCCAUGUCCUUCUUCGACACCACUCCCAUGGGUCGGGUUUUAAACAGAUUUUCUAAAGAUGUAGAUACAACUGAUAUAACUAUCCGAUUUAAUAUUCGCAUGAUGCUUGUUCAGGCAUUUCGAUCCUUAGUUUCUUUUAUCAUUAUUUGCAUGGAAACUGCUUUAUUUCUGGUGGUAGUAAUACCUAUCGGCAUAAUAUAUUAUUUGCUUCAGAAAUUUUACAUUCCCACAUCGCGACAGAUGAAGAGACUCGAAUCUGUAACACGUUCUCCGAUUUAUGCGCAUUUUUCUGAAACAAUAACAGGAACUUCAUCCAUUCGAGCUUAUAGAGCUGCACAAAAAUUUAUCGAUGAGUCAAAUAAUCGCGUAGACACCAAUCAUUCCUGUUAUUAUCCGAGUUUAGCAGCAAAUCGAUGGUUGGCAAUAAGAUUAGAAUUUUUAGGAUACUCCAUAGUAUUUUUUUCUGCAUUAUUUGCUGUUCUUACUAAGAAUGAUUUGAAUCCCGGAAUUGUUGGAUUAUCUGUCAGCUACGCUUUAACGAUAACGGCUAAUUUAAAUAUGUUGGUUCGAGCGAGUGCCGAUGUAGAAACAAAUAUAGUUUCGGUGGAACGUUGCCUGGAAUACAGCGGAAUUAAUACAGAGGCUCCUCGUUAUAAUAAAUCAACCAAACCAGAUGAUUCCUGGCCGAAAAAUGGAAAUAUCAAAUUUGAAAAUUAUUCUACGAGAUACAGAGAAGGAUUAGAUUUAAUUCUGAAUGAUAUAACAUGCGACUUUUCUGCUGGUGACAAGAUUGGUAUUGUAGGAAGAACCGGCGCUGGAAAAUCAUCGCUAACGUUAUCUCUCUUUCGAAUUAUUGAAGCGGCAGCUGGGAAAAUCUAUGUCGAUGACGUCGAUAUUUCUAAAAUUGGGUUGCACGAUCUUCGGUCCAAACUUACAAUUAUUCCUCAGGUAAAAUAAAAUUUCCAUACUUUU